AACGCAUGAACUUCCCAAGCGCGUCGUGUUUGUUGUGUAGCUCCUAUCGAGUAUUAGAGCAUUCGGGUUUUUAAACAAAUGCUUUGCCGCUGCUGCAAACGUCGCUGUCAAUUGCCGUUGUUCCCUGUCGCCGCCGCUGACGCUGUUGCUUCCACUGGCAGCGGCUGUGCUGCUGCUGCUGCUGCUGCUGCUGCUGCUGGAUACAGUGAUUUAUUACUUUAAGUUAAAUGGCCGAUGCAGAUGUUGCCGAUAAGCUGGGCGGGCGAAGGGAAAAGAACACAGCGGUUCACAUAGCCAAGGUCGAGGAACUGCGCUCCUGUGCGCCCUUCAUCAAGAAUGUGGUGAAAACCUAUGGACGCCAGCUGGCCCAGGAGCAAUAUCGCAAGCUCAACAUGCUCGUCGAGCUGCUGGAAAGCGAAAUGCCCGCCGAGGAUUUCUAUCGUCGCUUUCCCGAGGAGAAGCUGAGCAAAAUCGAGGGCGUUAUCGAUAAACUGAAGGCCAAAUUUGGUGCCCUCCUCAAUCCCAGCGAGAUAAUUGUCAUUGAUGCCGCGGAACCAAGCGAGCUGCCAAGCACCUCAAAGGCAGCGCUCGAAGUUGUCCACAAAUCGAAUCCAAGCGCAGCGAAACCUGCUGCCAAAAUUGUGACAGACUUAACCAAAACGAAUGGCACAUCGCCCUCGCCCAGGCCAGACGCUGUGCACAGACCAAGUCCAGCUGCAGCCGUCAAGAGCUCAACGGCGGACUUCGAGCGCAGAUCGAAUCCGCCCAUGCCGAGCGCAACUCCGUUAAAUGCCGAACUGAGUUCACCGCCCGCUGCCAGGGCGGGCUACGAGCGUAGAGCGCAGCCGGCCAGCCUGACCGUCGAUCUAACCUCGCCCAUUGGCAGCAGGCGGCAGGAUUUCACCCGCAGAACCAACCAGCCAACUGUCACAACAACAGCAACAACAACAACACCGCCGCCCGCAGUUGUCCAUGUGAGCAGUGCCCAGGCGAGGUCGCCUCUGAUGGUUUUUGAGCGUCGCUCAAAUCCGCCGGCACCGUCCGUCGAAGCGAACGCCGCCGCCGCCGCCAGCUCUGAGGAGGAACAAACCAAGCUCAAGUCGCUGGAGGAGGCGCGCAAAAAGCUGGCCGCGUUGCGCGGCAACAGCGAGACAAUCGCCCCCCAGUUGGCCUCCAAUUGUAACGAUCCGCGCGGACGCAAGCCCGUCUAUGUGAACAAUCGCUUGGAGCAGCGUUCGCGGUCGUCGUCGUUGUCGCCGCCGCCGCCGCCGCCGCCGCGCACAUUUCCGUCAGCCGGACGGAGUCAGACGCGCCCUCCCCCCCAAACGGUUAACAUUCCACGUGCUGCUGCUGCUGCUGCACAGCACAACAUUCCGAUGCCGCUGCUCCGGACACGGGCGCCGCUCAAUCUCAACACAUCAGCCGCUGUUGCCGCCGCUGCAGCAGCUGCUGCUGCCGCCGCGGCCGCUGCAGCCGCUGCCAGUGCCGACUUUCAGUGCAGUCCCAAUGAGCCGCUGAUGCAGGCGCAGGAUUUCAAUGAAAUGCGGCGCUACAAUAAUAUGCCCGGUGGCACGGAGCUGCGCGAUCCGCGCUGCAACAAGUGGGGCAACAACAACAAUAAUAUUAAUGUGCCAUUGCUGGCAAACCCAACAGGAUCUCAGCAGCCGGGCGGAGCACCAGCAGCAGCUGCUAAUCAUCAGUAUCCGGGCGCAGUGCGUCGUCCGGCGCCCUACAAGGACGUGCCGUACGCUGGCUUCGAGGACGCGCCGCCUGGUCCCAACUGGCAGCCAGCCAACAAUAACAACAACUAUAGCUACAACAACAACAACUGGUCCAAUAACAACCACAACAACAACAAUGUUUACAACAAACCCAACGCCAGCUUUUGCUACCGCGGCGGCUACAAUCGCGGCGGCAUUGGCCACAAUGGCAACCCGCGCUUUCCCCCUCCCUCGGCAACGGCUGUCCACGCCGAGCCGCGCACCUAUCGCGAGCAUCGUGAGGCCAAGGCCGCAGCCGCCAAGUUGCAGGCGGAGAAGCAACGUCAACUGGAGUCAGCCGAAAAGCAGCGUCAAAUCGAACACGAGCCGCCGCCCGGGCCAAAGCAGACAACAGUCGAUGGCGAUCGCGUUCAGCUGGACACAUCGUAUCGCGAUGUGGCUGGGACGACGACCAACAAGAAGCUCGACUUUAAAAUACCCAAAAAGGUGCACGCGGACAAGUCGAGCGGCGUGACGAGAGGAGAGACAAGAGGGCAGAAGGCUGAUAAGACAAAUAGGUCGGAUGAAGUGCAGGAGGAGGAGGAGGAGCAGGAGCAGGAGGAGGAGGAGGAGAACUGGAAUGAUAUUGAUAUGGAGCAGGAGUCGGGCACGCCGAAAGGUAUUAACGGGGAAUCGAAUAAGGCACAAAAGAAGGGAACGGAUAGGUUAAAUAAGGUUAAUAAAGCGGAUAAAGUGAACAAAAGGGAUAAGUUGGAUAAGUCUACGGAUAAGACGUCGGAUAAGGCGGAUACAUCGGAUAAAGUGGCUAAGCCGGAUAAACCGAAUAAGUCAAUUAAAGCUGACAAAGCAGAUAAGACGGAUAAAACAGAUCAACUAAUAGAUAACACGGAUAAAGCAGAUAAGUCAAAUAAAAUGGAUAAACCGGAUAACGCAAGCAAAACGUAUAAAUUGGAUAAGAAACACAAAUCCGACAAGGAGCACGCAAAGCGCGACAAAUCGAAGCACAGGGAUAAGAAAGGUGAAUCGGAUAAGGAUAAACGUGCGCCGAAAAUGGAUAAACCCAAUGCGGAUAAACCCAAAGACAAAGAUGAAAAGGAGGCCAAGAAAACGGAUAACACGGAUAAUGUAGAGAACGAGCCGCCAUCGCCAAUGGAGGAGACGUCCGAAAAGCGCGCAGAGGCGGAAGAUCAGCCGGAAAGACGCAAAUCCAAAGGCGGCAGCAAACUGCCGGAGCAGGAGCAGGAGGAGGAUGGAGACGAGCAAGAGCAAGUGGAUCCGGAGGCGGACAAUGAGGACGCGAUUGUCGAUGUGGAGCAGCUGUCCGAAGAGGCAAACUCCGAGUCCAAAGAGGCGGACAAAAAAACUGAGACCGAACUCUUGCCCAAGGUGCCCAAGCUAAAGGUGGUGCUUGGUCCCAAUGCGCACACCAUCACAAUAAUACCGAGAUACAAUAACAACGACGACUCAAAGAUUGAGUCGAAGACAGCGACGGCAGCGGAAACGGAAGCGGAAACGGAGACGGAGCCGGAACUAAAGCGGGUUAUGAAACGUCGGAAAUCGAUGAUGCCGCUGGCCAGCAAACCGCUGGUGGAUAAAUCGGAACUGUUUACCGGUAACAGUUUUGUAUACGAGGACGUUGUGGAGCACCAGCGUCAGCAGCAGGAGCAGCAGCAGCAGACGGAGGAGGAGCCGGAGGAGGAGGAGCAGGAGGACAGCAAUGCCAGCCGGCGCGCCAACCGGCAUCUGGCGAAUAUGUUCGAGAAGACGAACGACAAUUGCAGCAUAUCCACGCACAAUAUACUCGCCGGCAAGCGGCGCUCCUGCUUCAAUAAUCUGGCCAUGAACGAGACACAGCUGAGUCGCAAUGUCUUCGGCCUGGCGUCCGGCUCGAAGACCAAACCAAAAGCCAAGUCCAAAGAGCAGGCGCCGUCAACGGGAACGGCAACGGCAACGGGAACGGCAACGGCAACUAAGCGCAAACGGGGCAGGCCGCCGAAGGCUUUGACGGAGGAGCGGGAGCAGCAGGUGGAGGAGCCGGAGCAGCAGCAGGUGGAGGAGGAGGAGCCGGAGCUGCCGCCUGCCAAGCGCGUCUGUAACGAAUUGGCGGCUUCGUUGCCACCGCCACGGCGCAAGCCCAAGCGCAGCGAGCUGGACAAGCUGAACGAGGACAUUGCGCACAUGUACUAUGCGGACGAUGUGAUGCGCGCGACCGGACGUAGAGCCUGCACCGCACAGAAGCAGAACCAGAAACAGAAGCAGAAGCAGCUGCAUGAGAGCAGCGGCGCCUCCAGCCUGAGCAGUCGCCGCAGCAGAUCGAGCAGCGGCAGCUUUGCCAGCCACGCGGACAUGGCGCCCUUUAUACGCAAUGUGGCGCGCCGUGGUCGACGCUUUAUGGGCGCCAGCAGCGGCAGCUCGGGUCUGGAUCGGGCCAGCUUCAAGGCCAAGCAGCUGGCGGCGGAAUCGAGGCGCUGUCAGGUGCGUCUGCCGCGCUGUGCCCAGCUGGAGGAGCUGAUCCGGGCGCAGUGCAAGCCAGCGCAGCGCAACAAGAAGAAGCGCAAGGCGUCCGUGUCCAGCCCCAUUAAGAACAUAAAUCCCUCAUGGCAUGCCAUGUCCACGGCGCUGACCAGCUGCGUCAUAUGUGCCAAACUGUUGCGCUUUCCCCUGCUGCACUAUGUGCAGCAACACGAGGAGCAUUUCGGCUCCCGGCUGCCGCCGGGCAUCCUGCAGCAGCUGCGCAACAACCAGGAGAAUCGGCCCGUUUACGGCCUGUCGCUGCCGAGCAACGCGCAGGGCGUCCGGUAUGGCUACAAAUGUCCGUUUUGCCGCAAACAUUUGCAGAUGACCAAUACCGGCUGGGUGGAGCACUUUGCUCGGCACACGGGCGAACCGAAUUUCCAGUGCUCUCGGUGCAAGGUGCCGCGGCAUCGCCUCAACGAAAUCGAACGCCAUGUCGGAGGCUGCGGCGCCGGCGCCCGUGUCGUUGUCAAUAACAAUUACAGCUGCCGGCUGCCGGUCAGGAUUCAUGUGUGUCAUCUGUGCGAUUUUGUGCAGCUGAAUCGUCAGAAUCUGGAGCGGCACUGGAAGCAUCAGCAUGCCUUCACGGACGAACCGUUGGCUGGCCUCGGCCAGAAGCUAAUCAUCUAUCAUACGGCCGGGGUGCCAAUUGUCAAGUCGCAGGCUUUGGCCAAGAAUCUGUUGCGGCGACACAAUUCGCUGGCCAAUGAUGCAAUGGCCAAGUCGAAGGGCAGCAAAAAGAACAACAACAAGAAGAAACAGCAAAAGCCCAAGCAGCCGACCAAGGUGGAGCCAGAGCAGGAGUCGGAGCAGGAGUCGGAGCAGGAGGUGGAGCCGGAGCUCGAGGAUGAAAACUCGUCGGCGUGCGUGGAUGUGCUGACAAUGCCGCCGCCCACGCUGCCGGAGGAGGAUCAGCUGCUGGUGCUCAACGAGUGCAAGCUGGAGCAGGAGGAGGAACAGCGCCAGCGUGCAGAGGAGCAGCAGCAGCUGGUGGAGACGGAACAGCUGCAUGGGGAGGACAAUCUGUCCGGCAUUGGCUCGGAUAACUCCGACAACGAAAAGGAACUCGACGAGGGCAUGAACACGCCCAAGCAGCGCGACGAAUGGAUCGAUGUCGAGUGCAGCAGCGGCAGCGUCCGCCAAAAGUCAAUCUUUCGCAAUUUUCACAAAUUCUGCAGCAAACUGGGCAACGGCAGCCCCGCCAGCAAAUCGAGCACCAGGUCAACCAAAUCCGCGGCGAGCAGCUGCUGUGACGGCGACGUCGCCGACUUGGAUUCCGUGCAAACGUCCGCGCAGGCAACCACGCCUACGCCUACGCCCACGCUAAUUACGGCCACACAGUUUAGCGUUGAGAAUGUGGCGUAUCGUUUGCGUGCAACGUCCGAGCAAGAACGGCCGCAACCCGCUUACUAUUGCAAGCAGCCCGGCUGCAAGUUCUUGUUCUCCAACGAGCUGGAGGGCCUAGAGAAUCAUUUUGUUCACGAACAUCCGCUGGUGCGCUGGACCGGACACUGCGCCACCUGUACGGAGCAACUGACGCAUCCGGAGCCGGAGCUGGAGCUGGAGCAGCGGACGAUCAGCGCGGAGCUGCAGCAUCUGGUCAGCCGGCACAUGACAGUUCCGGCUCCGGCUCCGGUACAAUCGGAGCCCGUCGUCCUGCCCAAGCUGCGCGUGCGACGCUUUACCGGAGAUCGUCUGGCUGCCGAGUUGGAACCGUUGCCAACCACCGCCCAGCUGGACCCCGAGAUGGAUCCGGAGCUAAUGCAGUUUAAUCAGGUCAACACAAAUACGAUGCUGCGCGAAUUGCUGGUCGCUGAGCCGCGUCCGCCCAGCCAACCGCAAGUGGAGUCAACUGAGUUCCCAGCCGCGCCCAAUCUAAAGCCUAAAGCUACGAGCGCUGCGAUCGUCGUCAAUCAUGCGUCCGAGCUGGGCCUGGCCAUCGAUCAGGUGUACAGUCUGGCUGACGGUCUGCCGCCCCAGCUGGCCGGCGAAACCGUGACGCUGCCGUCUGCCGUAACCAAUGGCCGAUUCGUGCUCACCCAGAACGUGGCCCAGCACUCGGCCGCCGAGAUUAACAUCACCAUCGAGCCACAGCCGGAGAGUGCCGCCAAUCAGCGGACCACGCGUCUUGUCGCCGACCGAUUCCGUUGCAUGGCGCCCAAUUGCAAUUUCUGUGCGCACACGGUCCUCUGUAUACGCGAGCACAUGAAGUUCCAUUGCUAUAGCUUUGGCAGCAAGGAUUAUCUGCAGUGCGCCUAUUGCCCGCACAUUGGCAACGAUGUGGAUGACUUUGUCAAUCAUGGCGUCAUCGAGCACGGACUCGCCUCGCGCUCUGAACUGCACGAAGCGAACGUUUCGCCCCCCACAGCACCCACGGCCCCAACGGCCACGUCGGUCAGUCAGCGUAUUCGCGAUCUGCUCAAUCAGCGCAACGGCACUAGCUCCACGAUAGCAACAACAGCCACUGUUUCGCUGGCAUCCACAUCUGUUGAGGCAGCUCCUUCGUCAACCUACUUCGGGGCACUGCGUGACACCAACACACCCAUAUCCAGUGUGUUGGAGGAGCUGCUCAAAAACACCGGCUAUGAUGAUAACAAGCUAUAUGCUUGCCCCUUCAAGGCGUGUAGCGUGCCGCUGACGGAAGACGCCUUUGUCAAUCAUGUGCACUUUCACAUGGCCAGCAGUCCGAAUAUUGGUGCCCUUACCUGCAAGUUCUGCCGACAAACCUUCGAGCGUCCGGCAUCGUUGCGGUCGCAUCUGCAGCAGAUGCACGCACGGCACAAAUACUUUUGCAGCAUUUGCCUGGAAACGACGGCGAAUCGAAGGCUAAUGCAUCAGCAUCUGUCCAGCCAGCAUGGCGAAGAAUAUCGUCUGGUCAAUUGCCAGCAGCAGUUCAUUGAGCUGCCCACACAGCCGGAGGAACAGCCGGAGAAUAGCAGCGAGGUGGCAAAAUGUUGGGUUUGCGCCGUCGAGCAGCCUUUCGGGAAAAAGCAAAUGGAAGACUUUGUCAAUAAGCUGCUGGACGAAUGGCUGUAUCGCCGCCAAGGCACCAAGACCAUCUAUCGACCCUCGGAGCUGAGUUUGCUGCCGCGCCAGCGCUCAUUCGCCCAGAUGCUAAUGUGCGCCGAAUGCCAGUUCCAGUCGCAGGAAUACAAACAUCUGCACAACCAUCUGCAGCAGCACAGGGAGAAGGCGGUGCUCGUGGCUUACCAUAAUAAGCCGACGACCAAACAGCCGCCGGCAUCCACAUCAUCCAUCAACGAGGCAGCUACUAGCACGCCGGCGGAGUUGGCUAGCUCGGCACCCGCAGCCGCCAGUCAAGAUGAAACGGGCAGCCAUGUGCCACGCAUACCCAAAUGGAAUUAUGUGCCAAAGGCUGAUCGGUUCGUUUGCUGCAUUGCCAAAUGUCGUGUCCAUCUGGCCACGGAGUCGGCGUUGCGGCAACAUUUCAUGACGGAGCACAGCUAUGGCCAGCUAUACAAGUGCGUCCACUGCCAAGCUGAGGACAAGUUGUCCACCCUCGAGAAGCUGCUCGAGCAUUAUGCCUAUCACAAGCGAUUCAUUUACCAGUGCGGUCUCUGCUCUGCGUUCCAUCCCAAGCGGCUCUUCAUCGAGCGACACAUUCAGCGGCAUAUCGGGCAGAAUGUCGACUUGAUUAUCCACAGGCGCAGCGACAACUCCCUCAACAGCGAGAUCCGUUGGAUUAAGUCAUCCCUGGUCUUACGCACCAACCCUGAAGAUUGGCUAUGCAAUCUGUGCACCGUGGUGGUGUCCAGCCAGGGCCAGAUAUUGGCUCACAUGGCACAGGUGCACGGACGCAAACAUCAGUUCAGCUGUGCGUUUUGUAGUGUGUGCGAUAAGGAUGUGACGGCAAUGAUCCAGCAUAUGCGACGCGAACAUCCCGAGCAGCGGGUGCAGCCCAUUAAGAACUAUCAGCGGUGCAAGGUGAAGAACUGGCAUACAUUGGGCUUCCAUUGCAAUUCGUGCGACGGGGCGGCCAACAGUUACCAGCGUAUGCGUAAGCACUGCGAGACACGGCAUAAGAUUGGAUUUCAAUAUAAAUGUGCCCACUGCCCGCAGGGGCAUGCCUUGGAGCGCGUCAUCAUUACCCAUAUGCAGGAGAAUCAUUUGGGCAAAAAGGGACUUGUCCACCAGCAGUUCGAGCGGGUGGCCAACGAGAUGCCCGAUAACGAUUAUUGGGCUAUGGCCCAUGCCUUCGAUACAUCGAUGAACACGAUGCCCAUCGCCAACAAUGCCGGCAGCAGACGCAGCAGCAGCAAUAACAACAACAACAAUGACAACAGUAAUAACAACAAAACCUGCACCGUCACGAGCAACAGCAGCAGCUUCGCCAAUGAGCCCACUAUUAUCGAUGAGAUCGAAUUAUUUUCGUCGGAUGAAGAGACUUAUGAACAGAGAACAUACGAAUUCACCUGUUCCCACUGCAACGAGACGAGCAGCGAUGUUUUCGAGCUGCGCACCCAGCAUUGGGCGGAGAAGCAUGCGGAGCAUCCAUUUUAUUUUAGCGUACAGCCGCAACUGCGCUGUCCGGAAUGCCGGAAUUUUGUGGGCAAUGCAAAGUCCCUGCUGGAGAAUCAUCUGCCCAAUGUGCAUUCCAUACGCAAUCUUGUGGCCUGCGAUGUGAACAAACCGAACGAGUGCGCCUUCUGCCAUCAUCGUUACCAGGGCUGGUUGGGUCUGGCCCAGCAUAUGGUGACCGAGGCGCAUUUGUCCAACGAUCUGAAAUCGCUCAAGGAUCGGGAGCUGAACGAACUGCUUAAGCUGGGCGCCGUCAGCCAGCGGGAGUCGCGGGAAUCGCCCGGCGAAUAUCCCAACGAGUAUUAUCAGUGCAACAUGUGCCGCGUGAUAAUGCCCACAAAUGUGGCAAUGGCGCAGCAUGGACGUGUGGAGCACAGCGGAUCGCCGGAACGCUUCUGUUUCCGUCAGGUCAAGGAUCUGCUCAUCUUUCACUGCUCCUUCUGUAUGUUCGCCUCGACCACGGAAAUGGAAACGCUGCGUCAUAUGCUCGAUCAUUAUAAGAAAUUCCGGCACUGCCAUUUCUGUCAGACCAUUCAAAAUGAUGGCUUCGAGGAGUAUAUACAGCAUUGUUAUACAUUCCAUCGGGAUGCCGUGCAUCGCUUUCAGGAGGUCCAUCCGUAUACGGAUCUGAAAAAGUUCCUCAUGCAGGUGCUCUACCAAUUCCAGAACGGUCUCAUCAUUAGCAAGAGCAGCCUGCGCCGCACACGCUUCAGGGACGAGCGCACCAUGCUCAAAUUGUACACGGAACUGAUGCGCAAAGCCCAACAGCCGCCGAUACCACGUCUGCUGAUCAGCCAGCUGCUCAAUCGCAAUGUCACGGCCACUGCCACAUCCACAUCCACAUCCAACGGCCGGCAGGAGCAGCAGCCCGGGGAGGCGUCUGCAAAGUUAAUCAAGCGACGCAAAACCCUCAAUCCCGAUGAUCUGAAUGCGCGCCUAAAUGCCACGCCCAGCGUGCCACAGCAGCAGCAGCAGCAGCAGUCGCAGUCGCAGCAUAAUAGCCGCACCUCUGUCAUCAAUUGGCACACAUCCUUCACGGGCGGCAAUCAACUAGCUGUCGCUGCUGCUUCUGCUUCUGCUGCUGCCACGCCCACAUCCACUGCCACGGCAGCGAGCAGAUCGACUCCUCCUCCGCAGCCGAUGCCCGCCCUCGAGCGCAUCCUAAAGCGUCGCAGCACCUUUGUGGACAUCGGGCAGCUGGCAACGACGCCUGGCCUGAAACGCGGCUGCCCGCCAGAUCGUGAUGCCUAAACGGACGGACUCCGGCUCCGUUUCAAUUGUAUAUCCCCACCCCGCCUAGCAAUACGUAAAGACGUUCUAAGGACUGCCAACAGUAUUUUGGCCAAUUGUAAAACUGACAUGAUAAUAAUGUUACCUAGACUUAAGGAAUAUGUAUUGAUAAUAAAUAUUCGAUUCCAAUGGCAAAGACUGUGCCGUCAGAGUGCAGACAAACAGUCCACAUUAUGAACAAGAAA